AGCCAGCGGAGCCCAGACUGCAGCAGCGACAGCACAUGGGUACUAGCUGCACAAUACCCAAAGCCACAUCAUCAUGGCCUGCCUGCAUGAGACCCGCACCCCUUCCCCAUCCUUUGGCAGCUUCAACACUAUCCUGACCGAGAGCUCCCUCCGCAAGCUGGAUCCGGACGGCUCGGACUGCACCCCCGAAAAGGACCUCACACCUACGCAGUGUGUGCUGAGGGAUGUGCUGCCCAUCGACGGGGGCGGGGGUGGGGGCAGCGGACAAAGCCCCACCCCCAGCGAAGAAACGCACGACCAGUUUGCCAACAGCGUGCUGCAGCUCCACGAGAACGAAGCGGGAAGCGGCGGGGGAGGCGGGGCUGGCGCAGGGGCCGGCACUGGGAAUCCUGAGGUGCGGCCCACCCGUUACCAUGCCGACCAAGUGCGCAUCCACUGCCAAACAGGAAGUGGCUUCCUGGAGGGGCUGUUCGGUUGUCUCAAGCCUGUCUGGACCAUGAUUGGCAAAGCGUAUUCCACUGAACACAAACAGCAACAGGAAGACCCAUGGGAGGUGCCCUUCGAAGAGAUCAUGGACUUGCAGUGGGUGGGCAGCGGGGCCCAAGGGGCUGUUUUCCUGGGACGCUUCCACGGGGAGGAGGUGGCAGUCAAGAAGGUGCGAGACUUCAAGGAGACGGACAUCAAGCACCUGCGGAAGCUGAAGCACCCCAACAUCAUCACCUUCAAGGGCGUGUGUACCCAGGCUCCCUGCUACUGCAUCAUCAUGGAAUUCUGUGCCCAGGGCCAGCUGUACGAGGUGCUGCGUGCCGGGCGCAAGGUCACCCCCUCGCUGUUAGUCGACUGGUCCAUGGGCAUCGCUGGCGGUAUGAAUUACCUGCACCUGCACAAGAUCAUCCACCGUGAUCUCAAGUCACCCAACAUGCUGAUCACUUACGACGACGUGGUGAAGAUCUCUGACUUCGGCACUUCGAAAGAGCUCAGUGACAAGAGCACCAAGAUGUCUUUUGCCGGCACCGUGGCCUGGAUGGCGCCGGAGGUCAUUCGGAACGAGCCUGUCUCUGAGAAGGUGGACAUCUGGUCCUUUGGCGUCGUUCUCUGGGAGCUGCUGACCGGAGAGAUCCCUUACAAGGACGUGGAUUCCUCCGCCAUCAUCUGGGGUGUGGGCAGUAAUAGCCUUCACUUGCCUGUGCCCACCAGCUGCCCCGAUGGCUUCAAGAUCCUCCUAAGACAGUGCUGGAACAGCAAACCCCGGAACCGGCCGUCCUUCCGCCAGAUCCUGCUGCACCUUGACAUUGCAUCUGCCGACGUGCUGUCUACACCGCAAGACACCUACUUCAAAUCCCAGGCUGAAUGGCGGGAGGAGGUGAAGCUGCAUUUCGAAAAGAUCAAAUCCGAGGGGACCUGUCUGCACCGCUUAGAGGAGGAGCUGAUCCACCGAAGGCGGGAAGAGCUCAGGCACGCAUUGGACAUCCGGGAGCACUACGAGCGCAAGCUGGAGCGGGCCAACAACCUCUACAUGGAGCUCAACUCCCUCAUGCUGCAGCUGGAGCUCAAGGAGAAAGAGCUGCUCCGGCGGGAGCAAGCGCUGGAGAAGAAGUACCCCGGGCUCUUUAAGCACCAUCCGUCACGCAGCCUCCUGCAUGGCAACACCGUGGAGAAACUGAUCAAGAAGAGGAACGUGCCUCAGAAGCUUUCUCCGCACAGCAAGAGGCCUGACAUUCUGAAGACGGAGGUGAUCAUGGACCCAACCCUGCCCCAGCUGGCCAUCCCCGUGUGCCAGAAAGGGCCCCCAUCCCCCGGGCGCAGCCGCCGGGCCAAGUCGCGCUACCGCAAAGUCAGCACCCGCGGCAGUUGUGGGGAGCUGGCCGAGCCCGGGGCAGCCAAGCACUUGGAGCCCUGCGCGGCCUUGCGGGGGCUCCAGCACGACCUCCUCCUGCGCAAGAUGUCGUCUUCCAGCCCCGACCUCAUCUCCACCACUCUGGGAGCCGAGGGCCGCAAGGGGGCCGCCGGGCCCGAAUCCCCGCCGGCGGAGCAACCCCGCAGCGAGACGCCCAGCGAAGACGCGGCCUCCGUGCCCUGCUCUAGCAGCCCCGAGUCACCCUCUUCUCGACAGGGUGCAGUGGGGCCGCCGGGGAAGGCAAGGCUGCAGCCAGAAGAAGAGGCGGAGCGGGAACAGGGCAGGGGCAGCCGGGCAGGAGCCACGCCCCAAUCCCAGCACCUCACGCCGGCGGCCAUGUUGUAUCGGGCAGCCGUCACCCGGAGCCAGAAGCGUGGGGUCUCCUCAGAGGAGGAAGAAGGCGAGGUGGACAGCGAGGUAGAGCUUCCACUCCGGCAAAGGUGGCCUCAGGCUAUGAGCAAGCGGCAGUCGCUCUCCACCUUCAGCUCCGAGAACUUCUCUGACGGGGACGGCGAGGAGGGCACCGGCAGCGAGGGCACCACGGCUUCCCACAGCGGGGGCACGCCUGAUGUGGCCAGCACCAAUACCGAUGAACGGCUGGACGCCGAACGCUCUGACGACGACAUCCUGGGGCACUCUGAUGGGCUGUCCGAAAAGGAGGCGGCCAUUCGGCUCGUCAAGCGCCAGCUCAGUGCUGAGCAGAAUGUUGGAGAGGACCCAGCUGCCUAUGAAGAUUCGGACUGCGACAGUGCCGAACUGGACCAUUCAGGCAGUGGGGAGGUGCAGAGACUUCCGGACAUGCCCAGUUUGUGAUCUCACCCGCUUGGCGUUCCCUUCCCUGGGUUGUACAGCUCCCCGCCCCUCCUCUGCCUCCCUGCACCACCACCUUCUCCCCAGAUAUUUAUAUAAAUAAUCUAUAAAGCUCUAUAUAAAUCUCUAUUAUCUCAUAAUCUCUGGAAGGAGAGCCAGCACGCCUCGUCCUCCCCGCCCCCUUCCACCCCUCUCCUGUUCCUGCAUUCUCUCGGACUGGGGGGGGGUGGCAGUUAAGGGUCACGUCCUGCCACCACGGCUUGCCGUUUUCACCCGGGGCAGCCGGAGACGUAGAACACAUGAAC